AUGGAGACCAUUCGAGAUUCAGCCUUUGGGAAGCUUGUGCGCAUCUUCACCGGGAAUCGAUUGUUACGCUACCCGGAGGAAAUUGAUCCAGCUCUCUGGACAGAAUGCUUAAGACCCGAGCCCACUGUCAAAGAUGAAGAAGCAGCGACGUUGGCGGACACCGAAGUGGACUCUUUCGGUCUAUAUGCCGUCAUGUCACAGGCUUCAAGAGCCUCGCGCCGUUUAAAUUCGAUAGCAGAAACCGACGGUGUCGAUAAAGGGACACCUCUUCUGAUUGACUGGCGUGGACCAAAUGAUCCUGAGAAUCCUCAAAACUGGAGUACACCGAAAAAACUCCUUGUGAGUGGCCAAGUUUGGCUUUUAACCUUUGCUAUCUAUAUUGGAUCUGCAAUAUACACUCCGGGAAUUGAAGGUGUCUCGGCGCAAUUCGGUGUGAGUAGAGUCGCCGCAACCCUCGGGCUGACACUUUUCGUACUCGGGUAUGGCCUGGGUCCUAUGGUCUGGUCUCCUCUGUCGGAACUACCAACAGUAGGCCGAAAUCCCACUUAUCUCCUCACCUUAUUCGUCUUUGUGUUCUUCCAGUUUGCCGUCAUCUAUGCAAAGAACUUCGGGAUGCUACUAGCGUUCCGGUUCUUGACGGGCUUCCUAGGCUCUCCCGCCCUUGCAACCGGUGGAGCAUCGAUGGGGGAUAUGUGGAAUCCGAAAGUCCGCGACUACAUGAUUGCUAUCUGGGGUUGCUUUGCCAUCUCUGCACCAGUGCUGGGACCUCUUGUCGGUGGCUUUGCAUCCUCUGCCAAAGGGUGGACAUGGACCAUCUGGCAGUUACUGUGGAUCUCUGGAUUUACACUAGUCCUGCUGUUCUUCUUCCUCCCGGAAACCUUCACCCCCAACAUUCUCUGGCGACGUGCACGACGUGUACGAAAGAUCACCGGUAACUCAAACUACAAGUGCGAGGCCGAGAUCGAGCUCAGCCAUGUGAGACCUAAAGACGUGCUAUUCGAGGCGCUCGUCCGCCCCUUCCAACUCUGCUUCUUCGAACCCAUCGUCCUCUUCCUCAACCUCUACAUCUCCCUUAUCUACGGCAUCCUCUACAUCUGGUUCGAAGCCUUCCCCAUCGUCUUCAGCGAAAUCCACGGCUUCAACCCGGGUGAGUCUGGCCUCGCCUUCAUGGGCAUCCUCAUCGGCACCUUCCUAACGAUCAUGGGCUACUUCUUCUGGAAAUACAAAUACCAAUCCCGCCACUUCGAUCAAAACUGGAACAUCGCCCCGGAACACCAACUCCCGCCCGCCUGCGUAGGCAGCUUCGCCCUACCCAUCUCUCUCUUCUGGUUCGGCUGGACCGGCAACUUUCAAAGUGUACAUUGGAUCAUCCCCAUCGUGGCCUCGCUGUUUUUCUCUGUGGGUGGAUGUCUCAUUUUCAACGCUAUCUUUUGUUACCUGGCCCACGCAUAUCCAAAGUAUGCGGCGUCUGCGCUGGCGGGGAAUGACUUUAUGCGGUCUUCGUUUGGGGCCGGGUUUCCCCUGUUCGCGACGGCUAUGUUUCAUAAUCUCGGCGUGGGGUGGGCGAGUACGCUUUUAGGAUGCUUGACGGUGCUGUUUGUGCCAUAUCCGUUUAUUCUGCUUCGAUUUGGGAGGAGACUUAGGAUGUCGAGUAAAUAUGCGAGGCAUGACAUAUAA